GCCACGCCGUCGUCCUCCUCCGCCUCCGCCUCCGCCUCGGUCUCCGCGUCCGCACGGCACAAGGCGGCGGGGCGGGAGGGAGGGAGGGAGGGAGAGGGAUCGGUGCGCGAGGCGGGCGGAGGGCGGGGGAUGGCGAUCCUGUACGCGCUGGUGGCGCGCGGCACGGUGGUGCUGGCGGAGCACAGCGCGGCGGCGACCAACGCGGGCGCCGUGGCGCGCCAGGUCCUGGAGCGCCUCCCCGACGGGGGAGCCGACAGCCACGUCUCCUACACGCAGGACCGCUACGUCUUCCACGCCAAGCGCACCGACGGCAUCACCGCCCUCUGCAUGGCCGACGAGGCCGCCGGACGCCGAAUCCCCUUUGCCUUCCUUGAGGAUAUACAUGGAAGGUUCGUGAAGACAUAUGGUCGUGCUGCAUUGACAUCUCUUGCUUAUGGCAUGAAUGAUGAGUUCUCAAGGGUCUUGAGUCAGCAAAUGGACUACUAUUCAAAUGAUCCAAACGCAGACAGAAUAAAUCGCAUGAGGGGUGAAAUCAGUCAGGUCCGUAAUGUUAUGAUCGACAAUAUUGAUAAAGUCCUUGAAAGAGGCGACCGUUUGGACCUUUUGGUCGACAAGACUGCAAAUAUGCAAGGAAAUACAAUCCGUUUUAAACGGCAAGCUCGCCGCUUCAGAAACACCGUCUGGUGGAGAAAUGUUAAACUCACGAUCGCAUUGAUAUUCCUCCUCACCGUGAUAAUAUACAUUGUGCUCGUCUAUGUGUGCCAUGGCUUCACCCUGCCUACUUGUAUUCGGUAGGGUGGCAUUCAUGUCGUGUGUGGUUGUGCCGGUGAGUGCUGAACUAUUGCAACGGUGUUGCAAUAGGCCGUGGUUGGUGUUUUUUUGUGUAGAGAUUACUAUUUAUUGUGUAAUCAUGCUGUGUUGAUUGUGCAAACUCAAUGAAAGUUGUGAUCUUUGCCCCCCAUAAAUCCGCCUAUUUUGGAGUUGUACGGCCAUACGAGUUCUACCAUAAUCAAUAUUCUUCACCGCUGAUGCAGCUGCGUCUGCAUUCUGCGGGCCUCUGUGCUGUGCUUAUUUUC